AAUAUUACAUAAAAUAAAAGGAGGACGACAGUGGAUUCCGAAUUGAAUUUAUCUCUCUUCUUUCUUUCUCUCUCUAUAUUACAGGGUAAUUUUAUCUUUGCCUCUCUCUCUUGAUCAUCUCUCCGAUCAUCCUCGUAUUCGGGCUUUUCUUUGAAUUUUGCAGGAAUAUUAAAUUUAUUGUUGGAUGAUUGUGCUAAGAAGUUGUAAUUUAAGGUGAGGAUUGGAAGCUUUAAAGAUUGUUGAUGAUAAAAAGCAGUACACAUGAUUUUGGGUUACUCAAAGGCCAAAGAAAGAUCUCAUUGUAGUCAACAGUUUCAUUGAAAAGAAGAUGAGAACGCCUGUUUAUCAGCAUGGGGCACCGAAAUAUACCAUAUAGUGGACCAGUGACUGAUAUCGAAAUGGAUCAACAUGGCCAAGCGCAUUUUAGUCCAUAUGGGAGCAUAGCAAACUUUCCGCAACCUAAUGCGAUAUUAGCAGCACCAGGAAACCGAAAUAACUUUGAUGUUCAUCAUCUCCCUGAGCAUCACGGAUCCUAUGGAAUGCCACUGUACAAUAGCGUUCAGCAUCAAUAUCCUGCUCGUGAUAUUGACUUCGUGGCUUCAGCUGCAUCCAACCACUAUAGCAUGUACAUGGCCCCUUCAUCUAGUGCCAGAGGUUUCCCUGUACCGCUGAAUAGUGGUCCUUUUGACCAGUUUCUAUCAUCCAGCCAUCAUGGGAUUGAUUUUUCUGCCGACAACUAUGCCAGAAAUGCGCAGUUUAUGGAUGGGUUGGGAGGUUCUUUUAAAAGAAAAAAUGCAGAAGUUCUCCCAAGAAAUUUUCAGUAUUAUUCCUCGGCGGGUGCCAGUUCUUCAGUUGCUCCUAUUAUUGCUAGACCGGUUGAAUCUGAUUUUGGUCCAAGGGAGGUAUCUUUUACAGUGCCUGACAGCAGAGGAAAUGACUUGUCAUCUGUGAUGGAUGUCGGAUCUCAUAGAAGUAUGAGAAAUAGACCAAGUUCUGUUGGUGUCGAUUCUCUAGUACCUCAUAAUCCCAACCAUUUGAUCCGAGCACAGUAUCCUGGCCAAGCUUUUCAGACAGCUGCCACUCCUUGGAUGGAUCAGCAAUUUAACGGUAAUGCUGGUGAUGCUGGCACUUUGACUUGGAACCAAACACAUACGUUACCCUAUCUACAUGGGAACUUCAAUGGAAGUUGUAUGGAGGCAGCUAACAUCGGUGUACAUGCAUAUCAAGUUACAGCUAACAGGAGUCCUGCAGCUUUGUUUCCGCCUCCUCCCAUACUCCCAGGGCACUUCAAUCUUCAUCAUCCAUCACCACCGCUACCACCAUUGCAAGGUGCUCGAGGGCGGAGUCUUGAAUUGCAUCCUCAAGUAGUAACAUCCUCACAAAGACCUUCGACAAGUGGCACAGCACAGGCUAGUAUGAAUGCUAUUCAAGAUUCUGGAGAAAUGAUUUGUAGAUUUGUGGGAUCCGGUCAACCAGGUGGUCUACGGAUAUAUCGGCCUCAACGAAGGGAACUGAUGCUUGAUGCAACUGCAAGGCAACGCAAUCUUCAUCACUUAAGAGUUCUGCCAGAAGAUGGAGUUGCCCUCCUGGAGCUCUCAGACUAUAAUGGAAUGGGUGAUUCUGUUGAUCAUCACAGAGAAAUGCGUCUAGAUAUUGACAACAUGUCGUAUGAGGAGCUUCUGGCACUAGGAGAACAAAUUGGCAGUGUGGGCAGUGGCUUGUCUGAGGAAUUUAUCACUGGCCGUCUAAAAUCAAAUACAUAUACUCUUUCCAGAUCUAGUUCUAAUGUGGGAGACGCAACAUCUAUGGAUCAGGAACUUAACUUCUGUGUUGUAUGCCAGACGGAAUACAAGGAUGAAGAGAAAAUGGGUAUCCUCGAUUGUGGGCAUGAGUAUCAUUUGGAAUGUAUAAAGAAAUGGCUUCUUGUAAAGAACACUUGUCCCAUAUGCAAAUCUGCGGCAUUGACCACAGAAAGCGAGGAAUGACAAGGGGUAAAAGAGAUCAACGCUGAUGCUUCCAGACGUUGGUCUUCGUCUAAGUUAAAAGAGAGUAAAGAGGUUACUUGCUCCAAUAAUGGGAUGCAUGCUAUAUAUUAUCUAUGAUGUGCCUUUGAAGAAUAAUUAAGAAACAAAACUGUCUUGAACAACUUAUAUCGUGGCCUUCUGACUCUCGCUCUCUGAACUGUACAGACUAUUGUUUUGUUUUUGUAUAAGCGUUCAGUUACUAAAGUGUAUUGCAUUGUCGAUAUAGGUUGUUAAUGAUGUAAAUAUUCAAUGAUUUUUAUAUUAUGUUUCUCUGUGUUUUCUAA